GUUGAAGUCAAGUCGUCUCUCAUCACCCCUCUCUCCUUCACUUUGCCCAGGCCGCUCUGCUUCCCUCGACCUUCCUGCACCCACCUGCGAAAUGCCCCUCGACUUGUCACCGCCGCUCUCUUCUAUCUCCCUCUGCCCAUCUUCUUCUUCUUCUUCAUCUUGCACCCGGAAUUCCUCGCGCAAUUGCAAGCUGACCCAUCCAUGGCUUCGCCCGAAUUUGGUCGACCGGAGGGGACCCGGAGGCCGCGUGCGCUGUCUGUCGACGAGGCCCAAGAGAUGGGCGAGCGCGGCGAGAGUGGACCCGGAGGCAGAGGAUCUGGUGAGGGUCCUGAUGAGGAAGUUCAGCGACAGGGAACCGCUGUUGAAGACGAUGGAUAAGUACGUGAGGGUUGUGAGGACCGAGCACUGCUUCCUUCUCUUUGAGGAGCUUGGCAAGACUGAUAAAUGGACCCAGUGCCUCGAGGUGUUCAGAUGGAUGCAGAAGCAGCGCUGGUAUGUAGCCGACAAUGGUGUAUAUUCAAAGCUAAUUUCGGUCAUGGGUAAGAAAGGGCAAACUCGCAUGGCCAUGUGGCUGUUCUCAGAGAUGCGAAACAGUGGGUGCCGGCCCAACACUUCAGUUUACAAUGCCCUCAUUACUGCUCACCUUCACUCUAGUGACAAAGCAAAGGCUUUGGCCAAAGCUCUUGGUUAUUUUGGCAAGAUGAAGGGAAUGGAACGCUGUAAGCCCAACGUCGUGACCUAUAACAUCCUUUUGAGAGCUUUUGCUCAAGCUCGAAAUGUGGAACAAGUCAAUGAUUUGUUCAAGGACCUCGACCAAAGUAUUGUUUCGCCCGACAUAUAUACUUUCAAUGGUGUGAUGGAUGCAUAUGGAAAAAACGGGAUGAUCCGAGAAAUGGAGUCUGUGCUUUCUCGUAUGAAAAGCAAUCAAUGUAAGCCUGACAUUAUCACAUUCAAUUUGCUGAUCGAUUCUUAUGGGAAGAGGCAGGACUUUGAGAAGAUGGAACAAGUCUUCAAGAGCUUACUGCGCUCUAAGGAGAAGCCAACAUUGCCUACAUUUAACUCAAUGAUCAUAAACUACGGGAAGGCAAGACUCAAGGACAAAGCGGAACAGGUCUUUCAAAGGAUGCGUGCUAUGAAGUACACACCAAACCACAUCACAUAUGAGAGUCUAAUUAUGAUGUAUGGGUUCUGCGAUUGUGUUUCUAAAGCUCGGGAUAUAUUUGAUGAGUUGAUUGAAUCUAGGAAGGACACAAAAAUAUCAACCUUAAAUGCGAUGCUUGACGUUUAUUGCAUGAACGGUCUACCUAUCGAAGCGGACCUGCUCUUUGAGACAGCAAGAAUUGCUGGGGUCAAUCCUGAUUCAUCAACAUAUAAACUUCUCUACAAGGCAUAUACUAAAUCUCGGAAAAAGGAGCUUGUGGACAAGCUGCUGGAGUGUAUGGACAGAGCUGGCAUAGUACCCAACAAAAGAUUCUUCCUUGAUGCACUGGGUGCUUUUGGGUCUCUACCUGCUUCUCCAAAAUCUGACAGUGCAAAGAGUUCAAGCAGUCCAGAAGCGACUAUCAAGGCUUGAGUAGAAUUAACUCGUGAAUUUGGUUAUAUGGGUUAGCUCUCUCCAUUUAAUGGAGCUCUCCAAGAAAGAUUCAUAAUACAAGAACAGAGCAACAAUUCUUCAACCGAUCCUCUGAGAUGUGACUUGCUCUUUUGGUACUGGUAUCAGUGAAUGUUGCUCAGCCGCGAUUGGCAGUGUUGCUCGGACCUCUGUGGAUGUAGUAAACCUUUUUCCAAUGGGUUCAAUGGUACAAAAGCUAUUUCGGAUGUUAUCGGGUCUGACUGGACUUGGGAGGAUCUUGCAGCUGCUUUUCUUCAACUGUAUGUAUCAUUAGUUUGCAAAAUCCUUGAAAAAUUCCCUCGGAUUCAUACUUCCAAUUUUUAUUCAUAGGAUGAUCCAUCUAGUGCUUUAUGUUCUAAUGUUGCUCAUAAGCUGAUAUCUUGUCGAUUUCCUUUUCAUGUUCUUGUGUAUUCCUGAUGUACUCUUGAGAGAAGUGACUAGUCAAAUGGAAUGGGUUCGAAAUA